GGUAGUUGCGGGUUGCCUCCAGACCAGUCCAGAUCCCCCGUGUCAGCAACGGGAGCAAUUGCACGACUCGGGUUUUAUUUGGCAAUUUGUCUAGCGCUGGCACGCCCCGCCGUUCCCAACGCUGAACUGCUUAGACGGGGCCCACCGCCAGCCUUGGAGCGCCUGGCCCUCCCUUCCCUGCAAGCAUCGACCUGUCCUCACCACUUGUUGACUUCACCGUCCCGUCCCCCCCCCCCACGCCCCGCUUUGAAGCUGUUUGUUAUUUCCUCUUUGGUUCUCCCUUCACCACCACCACUUUACUACUCAUUCGCUUUUGUCACUUCAAUCCUCCACUUCCCUCCCUCCCUUCUUCCUUCCUUUCUUUUUUUUUUCUUUUCAAUCUGGUUGGGCUCCUUCCUGACGCACGGCAUUGCCCUGGCCAGCCUCCCGGUUGGCAGCAGGAAACUGGCAAGCUUCCUUCCUUCCUUCCUUCCUUCCUUCCUUCCUUCCUUCCUUCCUUCUCUCCCCUGGGAAUUCCAGCAUGGCUAUGGCACCCUCUGGGCCAGCUUGGAUGGCCCGCCGGACCGGUGCCCACCGUUCUUUGGAGAAAGCCCUCCAGGGGUUAACCAAGCUGCAACAGCUGGUGUGCCAACCUCAAGUGGCGCUUCGGAAUAGCCCGCCACACCUGCCUUCCAUCCUGCCCGGGAUCUACCACCACCUGAGGCUGAUCCGGGAGCAUUACGGGGCCGCUUUGGCCGAAGUUGGGGAAUCGGAUUUCUUUCGCGUUUUUCUCCUGAAUCUGCUGGAAAAGAUUAAGCAAACCGCGCGGCUGUUCAAAAGGGGGAAAGACAAGGAGGAGGUUUUGCUGGAAGGCUCAGUUGCCAGGAGGAAUCUAACAAAGCUUUCCCUGAUCUUCAGUCACAUGUUGGCUGAACUACAAGCCGUGUUUCCCAACGGGGAGGACCAAGGCAGCACGUAUCAGCUGAGCAAGCAAGAGGCCCACGUCUUCUGGAGGGGCACCUGGAGGGAACGGAGCCUCGUCCCUUGGUCUGAAUUUCAGAAAGGUCUCCAGCAAGUCCAUUUGGUCGAUUCUGGUCCGAUGGCCAUCGCCCUGAAGUCCACCAUUGACCUGACCUGCAGUGGCCAUAUCUCCAUAUUUGAAUUUGACAUCUUCACGCGUCUCUUCCAGCCUUGGUCAACCCUGUUGAAGAACUGGACGUAUCUAGCGGUAACACAUCCUGGUUACAUGGCGUUCCUCACUUACGACGAGGUCAAGGCACGGCUGCAGGGAUAUGUCAACAAACCGGGCAGCUACAUUUUCCGCCUCAGUUGCACCCGCUUAGGCCAGUGGGCGAUCGGCUACGUGACGGCAGAUAGAAGCAUUUUGCAAACGAUCCCACAGAAUAAGUCCCUCUUCCAGGCCUUGGUGGAUGGACACAAGGAAGGCUUGUGAGUAUCGGAGACGCAAGUGGGCGUAAGAGGAUUAUCCUUGAUCAGAAA